UCGCCACUUCUAAAAUCAAAAUGUUAUCCAAGAUAGUGCUUGUGUUCUUGGUGGCCGCCUUGGCAUCCGGGUAUCCAGAUGUAUAUGAGCCAGUCUACUAUCCGGAGCCACUGCCGUACUACUUCAACUACGACGUCCAUGACGACUACAAGGGAACGCACUUCGACAGGAACGAGAAAUCCGACGGCAAGGCCCUGCACGGCUCCUACACCGUCGCCCUUCCAGAUGGCCGCAAACAACACGUCGAAUAUACUGCUGAUCACUACAAGGGCUACGUGGCCAAGGUCAGCUACUACGGCAAAGCCAAGCACCCCAAGCACUAUGGCCCUGCCAUCACCUUCAAACACAAGGGUGAUGACUAUCACUAACUGAACUAGGUCUAUUUGUAUCCACGCAAUAUAUAUAUAUAUAUAUAUAUAUAUAUAUAUAUAUAUAUAUAUAUAUAUAUAUAUAUAUUGUUCUGCCACUAGUCGAAACUUUUUCAAUGUAAAAAACCCUAUCAAAUACAAAGUUGAAUCUUAAA